CCGACGCCUACAGGCGCGGCCAUGUUGCGCCGCGGCCUCCUGGCCCGGGUGUCCCGCGUCGGAGGCGCGCUGGUGCUCCUCUGCUGCUCCCUGUCGCUCCUCUACGUGAUGACCUGCGGCCCGCCGCACACCGACGACGCCCCGCUCAGCAGCCACGCCCUCCCCCGCGCCGAGCCGCACCACCCCGGCCCGGGGGGCACGGGUGGGGCGGGGGCCGCCGGCACCGGGGGAGCCCGGGCCGGGGCCGCCCAGAGCGGUGGGCCCCCCGCCGCUCAGUCUUAUCAGGUGCUCCUGCAGGAGCGCGAGGAGCAGCACCGCCUCCACAUCUCCUCGCUGAAGAAGCAGAUAGCUCAGCUGAAGGAGGCCUUGCAGGAGCGCAGCCAGCAGCUCAAAGGCGUGCAGGAGAGCCUGAAGAGACCCGCCGGUGGGGAGGACGCCGGGGCCGCCGGGCCCCCGGGCGGCGCCCCCCCCCCCGCGGACUCUCAGGGGGCCCGGAGCCAGCAGGCCGACCUCCAGGAGUUCCUGCGGAGCCAGCUGUCGAAGGCGGAGGUGAGCGCCGGGGCGCGGUUGCCCAGCGAGUACGCGGUGGUGCCCUUUGAGAGUUUCACCCUGCAGCGGGUGUACCAGCUGGAGACGGGGCUGACGCGUCACCCCGAGGAGAAGCCCGUGAGGAAGGAUAAGCGAGAGGAACUGGGGGAGGUGCUGGAGACGGCCCUGCACAGCCUCAACGCGGCGCCGUCGCAGCAAGACCGCCAGACCGGCAAAGUGUACACACCCUCCGACUUCAUGGAAGGUAUCACCCGAACAGAGAAGGACAAAGGCGCGCUGUACGAGCUGACCUUCAGGGGCGAGUCGAGCAAUGACUUCAGGCGCCUGGUCCUCUUCCGUCCCUUCGGGCCGCUGAUGAAGGUGAAAAACGAGAAGGUGAACACGGCCGGCGUCCCCAUCAACGUCAUCGUGCCGCUUUCCAGGCGCGCCGACAAGUUCAAACACUUCAUGCACAACUUCAGGGAAGUCUGUGUGCGCCAGGACGGCCGGGUCCAUCUGACGGUGGUGUAUUUUGGGAACGAGCAGAUGAGCGAAGUCCGCAGCACUCUGGAGAAUACGUCCAGGGAAGUUCAUUUUAAGAACUUCACUCUGCUGCAGCUGGAUGAGGAGUUUUCUCGGGGGCGGGGCCUAGACGUCGGGGCGCGAGCCUGGAAGGGAGGCAACGUGCUGCUCUUCUUCUGCGACGUGGACAUCUACUUCACCGCCGACUUCCUCAACACGUGCCGACUCAACACGCAGCCCGGUAAAAAGGUGUUCUACCCGGUGUUAUUCAGCCAGUACAACCCCGCCCUGAUCUACGGAGGUCUAGAACACGUCCCGCCUGUGGAACAACAGCUGGUGAUCAAGAAAGACACGGGGUUCUGGAGGGAUUUCGGUUUCGGCAUGACCUGCCAAUACAGGUCCGACUUCAUCAACAUAGGAGGUUUUGACAUCGACAUCAAAGGCUGGGGAGGCGAGGACGUCCACCUGUACAGGAAGUACCUCCACAGCAACCUCCUGGUGGUCCGAGCGCCAUCGCGAGGCCUGUUCCACCUGUGGCACGAGAAGCGCUGCGGCGACGAGCUGCCCCCGGACCAGUACCGCAUGUGCAUGCAGUCCAAGGCCAUGAACGAGGCCUCGCACGGCCAGCUGGGGAUGCUCCUCUUCAGGCACGAGAUCGAGGCUCACCUCCGCAAGCAGAAGCAGCAGCAAAACUCCAUCCCCAAGAAGUCGUGAGGAGGUCCUCGGCGGGUCCAGCAGCUGAUCUCAACGCCGUCGGGUAUUUGAACGGAGUAGAGGAAACGCUUUGAAAGGACGCUUUUUUUCUUUUCGCUUUCCUGGCCAUGCAAAGCUAAACUAAGUGUCUCCUUGUACAUACACGCAAGUGGUGUCAAACCUUUUUAUCGACACAAAGAAGCACACAACCCCGAAAAUAUUCCUUAAAAGAAAAUGUAUGAAGACUUUUUUUUUUUUCUUGGGGAACCAUUUUUCUCUGCAGGGGACAACACGAAAUGAAGAUGAAUUCAACUGGAUUUGACCAUUUUUUAAAAGGCCUUGCGUCUUGUGUGAGUCAAACCUGAGCUCUGAGGCCGGUGGGAAAGGAACCUGCUGCGUGUUUUUUUAUGUGUAGGCAAACGGAGCCACCUGCUGGACUCAGAGUGAAACAAUGAAGGACUCUUUUAAGCCUGGAAUGGCUCAAAUAUAUUCAUCUUUAUAAAUUAUUCAUUCCUUUAUUUAUGUUUGUUAUUUUACAGUUUAUUAUUUCUGAUGCAGUCAUGGACAGUAUUAUGGGAAACCAUUCGCCUCUGUCUUGAUGUACGAGCGUUCUCAAUAUGAGACGUUUGUAAUUAUUCCCAAAAAACAACUAAAGACACAUUUAUUUUUAAAAUGUAUAACAAAGAAUAAAUUAUAAUGUAGACAAAUUUGUGUUUUGUGUCUCUUAACUAACUGUUGACACAUAAUUGGGAUUAGAAUUGCUGACAUUGACGAUGGCUUAAUAAGCCAGAAUGAGACCCCAUCGAUCUUAAUGCUGUUUUAUCUGUCAAUCAAAUGACGUGGUGUGUAUUACUGAAAGGUCACACAUACUGGAGACAGAACUGUGUUGUUGGUUACUUAAUCUGCAUUAAAUAGUCUCCCAUAAA